AUGGCGUCCGUUACCUCGUUGGACAAGGACCUUCGCAAUAUGCGACUGUCCCGCUAUACCCCACAGGCCGCUGGAGAAGUGCGUGACUGGAUUGAGGAUGUGCUUCAAGAGCGACUUCAAGGGGGCGAUUUGCUAGAUGCGCUGAAGGAUGGUGUUGCUCUCUGCAGACUAGUCAACCUCGCGGUUUCGCCAGGCGUCAAGUUCAAGAAAUCAUCAAUGCCUUUUGUGCAGAUGGAGAACAUCUCUCAUUUCCUUCGCGCGUGCCAAAUACCACCACUCAGCCUUCCUCCACACGACGUCUUCCUCACGGUCGAUCUUUAUGAAGGCAAGGACCCGGCGCAAGUUCUCCAAUGUCUGUCGUCCUUCAGCAGAAGGGCUAAUGCCCUCGAGCCCAGCAAGUUCCCUCGCUCAAUCGGCGUUCAGAAUAAAGCUGGAAGUGUGAGUCCGAACGUGACUGGCUCCAGUCAAGGAGGUUAUACCCCCACGAAAUUGCGAGGAGCCAGCGCAAACUCAAAUGGCUCAGGCUUUUCAAGCCCUGCUAAGUCCCCAAGCACCUUGAGCAGCUGGAGCAAGAAAUCAGAUGAGCACUCUACAAUGCCAGCCUGGAACAUCCACCAAUAUGGCUACAUGGGCGGCGCCAGCCAAGCCAACCAAGGAGUCGCUUUUGGUGCUCGCCGGCAAAUUACAACCGCUGCUCCACAUGUGCCAAGCCUACAAGAUAAAGAGAAGCGUAGGCGCGAAGAAGAGGAACGACUCCGUUUGGAGAGACAGGAAGAAGAACGGAUGCGGCAAAGAGAACGGGAGGCAGAGGAAGACCGGGCCAAAGCAGAGGAGGAGCGCCGAUGGGAAGAGGAGACUUCUCGUCUGAGAGAGAAAGAGCGUCGCGAGGUUGAGGAAGAAAGAAAACGCUGGGAUGAGGAACAGCGGCAAUGGGAACAAGAGGACAGCCGUCGCGUCCAAGAGGAAAGAGAAGUAGAAGAGAAGAUGGAAAAGGAGCGACAGCGCCGAAGAGGCACCAGUGAUACCCACCUCAAUGGCCAAUUCCUCAGUCAAUACCAGGCCAGCCAGACUGGGGGAGCCGGCAGCGAAUCACGGGACAGUCAACGCAUCUUCGAGCUCGAACAACAGCUGGAACAGGCUAAGCAAAGAGAACAACAGUAUGAGCAAGAACGUCAGGAUCUCCAGGAAAAGAAAGCAGCUGAAUCUCGCAGCCGGAGCCGUGCUCGACCUGUGCCCGCCAAACCAAGCUACAACCUGUCUUCUCUCGAGCAAGAACGUCGUAUGCUUCGCACAGAAUGGAACGACCAUCAAAACGAGGAGCCUAUCGAUGAGUACGACGACGCUCCCCCCAUGCCACCACGGCCACUCCCCGACCCAACGGCCUCUGCCACUGAAACACCCCCUCCUAUGCCCCCUCGACCACUUCCCGAGCCCACGGAGCAACGGGCAACACCAUCUGAAGUCGCCCCUCCCAAGCCACCCCGUCCCCUUCCUGACCCAGCCGCCUACGCCCAGCACCGGGAAAACCGAGAGAACAGAGUAAACCGUUUUCUCGCUGCCCAAAAACCCCCGGUUGCUCCCAAACCCGUCGCCCACCGCCCUCAAGACUAUUCCACUAAUGCAGAAGUUGACGCCGAGAACAGUCGCCGGGAAGCUGCUCAGCAGCAGACCCGCGCUGGUGGAUGGGCUUCCAAGUCCCUUUUGGAGCGUGAGAUGGAACGUGAACGCGAGCGCCAACAAGAAUGGGAGGAAGGCCAGAAACAGACCCAAGCAGCGGCCGAAAAGGGCAAGAAAGAUGGCACUCUUGGCACAGGGCCAGGCCAGGGAGCCUGGGAUGUCCAUCAAUAUGGCUUCCUCGGCGGUGAUAACCAGAACAGAGGCGGUCAUGGCCUGGGAGUUGGAGGCGCCAGACGACAAAUUAUCGGCCCCAGGCCUCCCCCGUAA